AUGACGGUGGUCGGUGGAUUGCAAUUUUUUCCGACAAACCUUUGAUGCGUCAGUUUUUCAAUUGCAGUCGAAGCCCAGAAAAACCAAACGAAACGCAGGCGGUGGGAGUAUGGGACUGAGUUGAGGGGAAAACGGAGGAGUCGCAGAGAAAGCAAGGGGAAGAUGGUGUAUAAUCAUUGCGGUGGGUCCGCAAGACUUAGGGUGGGACCCAUUAAAGGGCAUUUCUGUGGAUUUGAUCAUGGUGAGGUUUUAGGGCUUUAACUAUUGAAACCGACGGCGUAGGGGUUUAUCUUUUGUUUCUCACGUUUUUUGGCGGUGGCUGGGUAUCGUGGAGUCGGGUUUCUCGGACUGGUAAAAGAGGGGAAUUACUGUUAUUUCUUAUGGGUUCUGGUUGGUUGUUUUAGAGAGCUGAAUCAUCAGAGGGGAGAGGGGAAUUGAGUUUUGCGCAUAUAAGGAUUGAAUCUUCCUCUUUUUCCCCAUAUUGUGGAGUUGAGUUUGAACCGUCGAGUUCAUCUAUGGUCUUCUUUUGUGCUAGAAGAAUCUGGGUUUCUGCUACUUUCCUUGUUCACUAAUCGUGUCUAAGUGGCGGUAGAUUAGCCGAAGGUUGGGACUUUCUUCUCUGCAUUAGGAAUUUCGUUCUACAGAUAAUUGAGAAUCAAAAGGAGGGAAUUUUUUAUCCUUUCGUUCAAGGGGAAUGGUGUAAUUGCCGGCCCAUGAAGAAGUAUCCUUGUUCGAUUUGCAGAAGUUAAGCAGUUGGGCUACUUUGCUGGGUUCUAAAAUAUUGAUUUUGGGGUAAUAGUCAUUGGUGGGGGAGAAUGGAAGGAGAGAGCAUUCCUGUGGGACGUACUGGGGUUUUGCAUUUGGUAAACGAAACCAAUCCUAAAGAUCUCCAAUGUGCAGAAAUGGAAACCGAUGAUAAUGGGGUUGGAACUCCCGGAGAUGAUGGCGAGUUGUUCUCAUGCGAAAAAGACAAAGGAAGUAAUGUUGUUUUCUCAAGGGAGGCACCACUGAUGGGUAAGGAUUUGAGAACAUCUGGUGGUUGUAGCUGCAGUGCUAAGAAACUCAAGUCAAGGAUGUCUGCAGCAGAUUUUGAUCUGUGCAAGGAGAAAAAUGGGCAUGACAAGAAGCUUAGUAGACAAGACAGGAUUGAAUUGGGCCGGAUGUUUCAGAGUGCAGUGAGCUCUCAUGAUUGGGAGAUUGCAGAAAGUCUGAUUCUGUUGGCAGACCCUCAAACUCUCAAUGAUGCCUUGUGCAUAUCUUUGGAUUCCAUCUGGUUCUUGAGCACGCAACAAGAGCUACAUGGUAUAACAGGUUUGAUCAAGAAGAUCAUUGCCAAUGGUGCUUAUGACUUUACAAGGGCAGCUCUGAGGACUUCAUUUCUUGCUUCCUGUGUUUCUGCCUGUCAGAGCCGGACAAUGAGUUUAGCAGAUACAGUAACUAUCAUGGCCCAAAGGUUGCAGGAACGCCUCCAGGAAUGCCAUGGAGAUGAGGUUUUGAAGGCAGAAGCUGGAGCUAAGGUCCAAAAAUUUACAGAAUGGGCUCUAAAAUGUAUAGGCUUCUACUCCCGUUGUCAGGGAAACAGGGAUAAAGUAAAUCAAAGUUCAGCUGUUGAGAUCCAACUCCAGUUGUCAGCAUUCAAAACAUUUCUAGAUCUUGCUGGUAACCAGCUUACAGGAAAGGAUUUUACAGAGGCUUUUGAUGCGGCAUGCUUUCCCCUCACUCUCUUCUCUAGUUCAUUUGACCCUGGUUGGGCAUCUGGUAUUUCUGCUACUGCAAUUCAGGGGUUGCUGGGAAUGUUGGUAGAAGGUGGUGCAGACAAUGUCAACCAGUGUUUUCUUGAAGCAUCACGUUUUGGGAGCACAGAGCUUGUUCGCAUCCUAUUGCAGAUAGCUCAAAGGAACAGCUUAGAUGUGGAUGUUGACCUGGCUCUGGGCUUUGCUUCUCACUACUGUAAGAUAGGAACCAUGGAAUGCCUUGUGGAAGAGGGUAACGCUAUUGCUUUCUUGGGUCCCUUAAUGAGGGCUGCAGAGAGGGGAUGCAUGCAGGUUGUUCAAUGGUUUGUCCAAAGGGGCUGCCGGGACAUGGAGCUUUGCCUUGCACUCACUGCAGCCACCUCCAGUAGUCAAGUAGAAAUUGCUGCCUACCUUCUCCCUUAUGUGCCCCAGCAUGUCCUUGCUGCUCUCAGCAUAGAGAUUCUCAAAGCUGCUGGCGAGCGAAGCGGUGGAUCACUUGAUGGUGUUGCGUUCUUAUUGCAUUCUAACUUUCUGGGUGACCCAGCUGCAACAUAUGCUGUUGCAGACAGCAUUGCAAGAUCUGAAGAUGAAGCUGUAGCUCCAGAUCUGAAGGCCUUCCUGCAGGAGCAUUGGUCCGAGGCAGCAUUCUUAGAUGGGUUGAGACAUGAGCAGGAUCACUAUGUGAAUGUGACGAGAAUUUUGAAGUGGGGUGGGUCUCCCCUGUGUCUGAGGGAUCUCCCAGGCCCAUUGAAGGUAGCCAUCACAUACUUGCCUCUGUACAGGGAGUGUUUUGCAAUGGGUGGAUGCUUGUUUUCACAGCGGUUAAGGGGCCAACUUGUGGAAGCCGCAAGAAGGCUUAGCGGCAGGCCCGUAGAUGAGGCAAGCCAGGGGAGAGAGCUCCUGGCUGUUUUGGAGCAUCAUCUACCUCCAUUUUUGCUCGGCUCACCCAGUGUUGUUUAAUGCAUGACUUAUUCUCAUAAGUGUUCCUCUCUCCCAGUAUAUAGAUAUGCCAUGGAAUAAUAAUGGUAAUAAUAUUUAGCAAGUAGCAGGUUUUAGUGUGACAAGCUAGAAAGUGGUCAGAUUCUUCUGAGUUCUGGCCAUAUGAUUAGUUGUUAUCAUGAUCUUAACAUCUGUUACUUGUGCUAUCCUCAUUUUGUAAGCCUGGAAAAAAAAUAUAUAUGUAUGAUGAGGUUAUGCUCAGCUUUAUUAGAUAUAUUAUGAGGGGAUCUCAAUGCAUUCCACUGA